AUGGUAGCCUUGUCCACACCUGGAUCUCCGAACCAGCCUCAGCCGGACUCGAACCUCGAUUAUGAGGGUCCAAAGGAAGCCCCGGGGACCUCACAACAUCCCCCUCUGGAACAUGCAUUAGGCCGGCAGGGGAGCCCUUCGAGGCGUGAAUUCAUGACUCAAUUGGUUCAGAAUCCGGGUUUUGACAGUCCGGGUCACACGGCAGCUCUGAUGAGCGAGAAGUGGAGCCUGCUAUUUGGCAUAUAUGAUAAUAGAAAUUCAUUUAUUCAUCAACAUUCACGGCCUGGAUUGACUAGAACUCUUUAA